AUGCCAAUUGAUCAAGAAAAAUUAGCUAAAUUACAAAAAUUAUCUGCCAAGAACAAAAUUGGUGGUACCAGAAGAAAAUUGAACAAGAAGACUUCUUCUAGCGCUAAUGCCCAAAAGGAUGACACUGCAUUACAAGCCCAAUUAGCUAAAUUACAUGCUGUUACCAUUGACAAUGUUGCCGAAGCUAACUUUUUCAGAGAUGAUGGCAAAGUUUUGCAUUUCAACAAGGUUGGUGUCCAAACUGCCCCACAACACAACACCUCUGUCUUUUAUGGUAUUCCACAAGAAAAGGGUUUACAAGAGUUAUUCCCAGGUAUUAUUUCUCAAAUGGGUGCUGAAUCUAUCCAAGCCUUAGCCCAAUUGGCUAGUCAAAUGCAAAAUCUUCAACAACAAGGUGCUGAUGUUGAAGCUGCCGGCGAAGAAAAGAAAGAUGAAGCUAUUCCAGAAUUAGUCGAAGGUCAAACUUUCGAUGCUGACGUCGAAUAA